GGCACUGUCCCCGGGGUUACCGUGCGCCUGGCCGCGUGCCCCGGCUGCGAUACGGUGGCUCUGCUGUGGCAACAGAAGAGCGCAGGUUGGAUCGUGGCCGAAGGAGCGGGAAGAUGCGUGGCAAGGGUGAGCGCAGCACUGUGCAGCAGCGGGUUUCUGGAGGUGGAGCGGCCCAGGUUCAGCAAGGCUUCCCGCACGCUGGCCUUCGUGUACCCGUACCUCUUCGACAGCAUCCCUCUCUUCUACAGGUUCUACCUGUGCGCGGUGGAGAGCUGCACAGAGGCUGCGAUCCUGGUCCACUACAAGCACACCGUCUUCGCCUUCCUCACUUGCUUCAUCUUCGCUAGCCAUCUGCCAGAGAGACUCGCGCCGGGACACUUUGACUAUAUCGGGCACAGCCACCAAGUUUUCCACGUGUGCGGGAUCAUCAGCACGCACUUCCAGAUGGAAGCCAUCAUGAUGGACAUGGCCGAGCGCCGCGACCGGCUCCGGCCCACCUCGCUGCUUCCCUCCUCCCUGCAGACGCUCGGGUCGAUGGGCGUCUGCAUGGCCGUGAGCCUGGCCGUCAUCGGGCUCUGCUCGAUGUCCCUGCGCUUCACACCAGAGCCUCUGCAGAGAGAAAAACCACACGGGCGUUAG